AUGGCUACAAAACGGGUGCUGACGCCUACCAAGGGAGAGAAUAUAAAUUCUAACAACUGCUCACCCAAGAAAUUCAAGUCCUUGGACUUUUCGGCUGGCCUGAAAAAUAAUGAGUGGGACACUAGCGACUUUGAUUUUGAUUUGGCGGUGGAAAGUGCCUUGGAGUCUGUUUCUGAGCACCGCUUGGACCUCAGCCAGUGGCAGCGCUGUACUGUGGAACAGGUGGAAUGGAUGCCAAAGACCAGAGAAUGCAAGAUCUUGGUGAAAAAGUCCACUCGCUCUGACGAGCCGGCAGAAACAGCCUUGUGUCACCUGCAGACUCCAUGGAACGGCAUGCGCCUGGAAGUCGGUGACACUGUUUCUCUUUUGGCCAAAUGGCAGCCGUCUUUGGGCGCCUAUCUUGUAAGCAAGGACUAUGGUUUCUGUGUCUCCCACCCCGACUUGUUGAUCUCCGCCACCACACUGACCGGCUCACUCUUUUGUCGCCGGAAAUCAGUUCUUCAGGAACGAUUCCGAGGUCUGGAUUCGGGUAGUUCCAUUAUGGUCAUUGGCACUUUAGUGCAUGAACUGCUGCAGAGCGUACUUCUCCAGAAGCUUGCCACCAAGGAUGACAUACGGUUGGCUCUUCAGAACAUGCUGGGCAGCUCGUCAUUGGCCCACAUGCUCUAUGCCAACAAUCUAACCCAGUCUGAGGUCGAAUUGCAGCUACACACAUUUCUAGAUCCCAUUUCCCGGUUCGUCUCCCAAUAUAUAAACGGCGAAGCUCCUGACAGAUAUCCUCCAGAAGCCUUUCAGGGGCGCAUCCACGAGAUUCGUGACAUUGAAGAGAACCUUUGGGUGCCUCAGCUGGGGCUCAAAGGGAAAGUGGACGUGUCAGUGAGAGUGAAGAGUCGGAAUCAAACGGAGAAGACUAUUCCGUUGGAGUUGAAAACUGGAAGAGCCAGUUUCUCCAUGGAGCACAAAGGGCAGCUGCUUCUCUAUGAGCUAAUGCAUUCGGUGCUGGGCAAGGAUACCACGUCUGGCCUGCUGUUGUACAUCAGGGAGGGACUCCUGCGAGAGGUGCCCAGCAGCAGAAAUGAGCAAAGGGAUCUGGUGCUGCUCCGCAAUGAUCUAGCUCAUUGGUUGACCCGGGAGGUGACUCCUGGCUUGGAAAACACUGAUCCUCUACCGCAGCUGCAGCUGCCAGAGCCCAUACAUCAUCACAGUGCAUGCGGUAACUGCGCCUACAACACCAUAUGCACCAGUUUUGCUCAAAGCGAUGAUAAGCUAGAGCUUAGUGAAUCUCAUCCUCUGAAAAAGCUCAUGCCCCAGCUGCUGGGUCAUCUUCUCCAACGCGAUCACGACUAUGUACGGCAUUGGUGCAGUGUGCUGGCACUAGAAGAGCAACACAACCGCCAAUCCAACCACUUUGCUCAUUUUUGGACAGAAGAUCCCAGUAUUAGGCAAAAACAAGGCCGUGCCAUAGGUCACUUGAAGCUGAGGAGUGGCCAGAAGGUUGAGAUGAAAGAAGGACGCUACAAGCAGGGCUUGGAGCUCAACGAGGAAGCCGAUUCCAGUCUGGAUUUGAAACUCAGUGGUUUCGAUGUGGACGAAUAUGUGGUGGUCAGCUCCAGCUCACGCCUGGCCGUAGCAUCGGGCUUCAUAGAUUUGCUGGAAAAGCGGCACUUGGUACUACGGCUGGAUCGUGAUCUCAGUAAGAUCUACGAAGGGGAGACCUUUAUUGUGGACAAAAACGAAUCUCAGACCUUUUCCACCUUUAAUUACACAAAUCUGGGCUUGCUUCUCUCCGACGAGCCCCGAUUCCAGGAGCUUCGUGAAAUCGUUGUGGCGAAGAGACCUCCAACCCAAAGUAAGAUUCUGCCCGCCCUGAUAUUAACAAAAGGCGCCAAGAUGCUUUUGGCUCUAAACAAAGUUCAGAGGACUGCAGCCCUGAGAGCUUUAACUACCAGUAGCCAUCUGUUGAUCAAGGGUCUUCCCGGCACUGGAAAAACCCAGACUUUGGUGUCCCUGGUUCGUGUUCUUCAUCUUCUCGGCAAGAGUGUGCUAAUCACCGCCCACACCCACUCCGCUGUGGACAAUCUCUUGUUGCGCCUGUUGCCUUUUGACUUGCCUUUGAUGCGUCUCGGCUCUAGCUCGCGGAUUCAUCCCCAGCUUGGAGAAAUCAGCGAGGCGCGGCUUACCCAUCACUGCACUACUGUGGAGGAGUUGGCGACGGCUUUGGAUAAGCCUUCAAUUGUAGGGGUUACCUGUUUGGGCACAAGCCACGCUCUCUUCCAAAGGAAGAAGUUUGAUUACUGCAUCGUGGAUGAAGCGACACAAGUUCUCCAGCCAACCGUCCUUCGGCCGCUGAGCUUCUGCAGCAAAUUCGUCCUCGUUGGAGAUCCGAAGCAGUUGCCGCCAGUGAUACGUUCCAGCGAAGCUCGGCAAAGGGGUGCUGAGGAAACACUCUUUCACAGGCUGGACUCUGAGGAGGCCACGGCAGUCUUGAGUCUGCAGUAUCGCAUGAAUAAGACCAUAACCCGACUGGCCAACGAGCUGACCUACGCCGGACAGCUGCAGUGUGCCUCGGAAACUGUAUCUGGAGCCCGGUUACAGCUGCAACCUUCAGUAAAAGCCUCCAAGUGGGUCCAAAAAGUCUUACAAACUCAUCUGGAUCAAGCUGUGUUCUUCAUCAACACCGGAGAUUGCCUGGAACGCUGCGAAAAGCUUAUCAACGCCCGCAUCAUGACCACCUGUUCCUUCAUCGACCAAAAAUAUGGAGAUCAGGAAGAGAAGCCGAAAACCAAGUCCAAGAAGCGCGUCUCCAAGUACGCCAACGUUUGCGAGGCCGGCGUUGUGAUGCACCUACUUGAUUAUUUACUUAAAUCUGGAUUCGAUGCCUCCCAAAUCGGAGUAAUAGCUCCCUACCGCGCGCAAGUGGAACUCUUAAAGAAGCUAGCCGCCAAAUUGGACCCCAUCCUCGAGUGCAACACUGUGGAUCAGUACCAAGGCAGGGACAAGGAGCUCAUUAUCUAUAGCUGUGCCAAAACUGGAAGCAGAGUCCCCGAUAUGGAGCGUUCGAGGGAGUCGGAAAUCCUGGAAGAUCAGCGCCGGUUGACCGUGGCUAUCACCAGAGCCAAGUGCAAGCUAAUCUUGGUCGGUGACGUUCAAUGCUUGGAGCAGUAUGGACCCUUCAGGGAACUUUUCAAGCACAUUCCAGAGCGGUGUCGCCUCAAAUUGGAAGAUGAUCAUAAUGAUUUUGAAUGGCAAACCAUUCUAGCAGAGCUGGAUUUCAGUUAAAAGGUUAGUUCUUAUAAAGGUUAUUCUCAUUUUGGGAAACAAAACAUAAAAUGUUAAACAAUAUUAUUAAAAGAACUUUGUUUUUUUUAUUUUAUUUCCUUUUUUUUUUAUUAAAAAAGAUACAUAAAGUUUUUUGAUUGUA